AUGCGCCUUGCCCAAGACAUGGAAUUAUCCGAGGCUCUUUGCGGUGACGCGGCGGACCCAGACGAGCGGCUCGAUCUGGUCCUUGGCGGCCAUGAUCACCAACUGCUGCGGCGUCACGGAGGUGACAUCGGUCGCUACUCAUACCGUGCUAAGGAUCCCAAUGUGCUGGACUGCAUUUAUCCUGAUGCUGCGACGCUGGACCUCGUCGACAAUACCAACGGCAUGGUCCCGCAAGCACGCGGGGCCGUUCGAGUUGUCAAGAGCGGCACCGACUGGGGAAGUCUAUCCUGCGUGACGCUACAAGUGGAUCGUCGUGCCGCGACUGGUAGCAGCGAUGGCGCCGCCGAGACCGUUCUUCGGUCGGUGAUAGUUGAGCAGAUCGCCGAUAUAUCACACGCGACGGUGGAAGACCAAGCCAUGCUGGAGGACAGCAGACGACGGGUGAGCGAGUGCUUGCGGGGCGUCCACCAACGAAUCGACGUGAUCGGCGCCAAUGCUCUGGUCCACACGGCCGUCCCGCUGCAGGGCGUAGGGAGCAUCAUCCGAUCGCAAGAGUCCAAUCUCGGCAACAUGCUCGCUGACAUGGUGCGCUCUUUCUACGCGGUCGACGUCGGCCUCGUCAACAGCGGAAGCAUUCGCUGCGAUAGGGUCAUCCAAGCCACCAUCGGCACCGACUUGGCACUGUCCAGCGAGCCGCCGCUCACUGUGCGAGAUCUUAUUGAGAUCCUACCGUUCGAUAACGCCAUCGUCGUGAAACGGAUCACAAGCGAUGUUCUUCUCCGUUCGCUAGAGAAUUCUUUCUCCGAUGCGCAUUCCGACGGGAGGUUCCUCCAGUACUCGGGGCUCCAGGUGGUGGCGGAUUGGUCAAGAAAGGAGGGCAGCCGCAUUCUCGAGGUCUGGCAGCGCCCGAGGCCAUGCGUUCGGCGACGCAUACGUCCGGGCGACAAUGACAGUUUCACUGUUGCAAUGGCCGCAUUUAUUGCGGACGGAUUUGAUGGCUAUGGAUGCUUCCGUGACCAAGAGACCCUGGUCAGCGAAGAAGCGGGCGUCACCGACACGCAGCUACUCCUACGCACACUGGGCUACCGGUACGACAGAGAAGGAGGUAAGAAAGAGGUGCACGACGAUGCUGUCGAAGUAGAUGAGCUGCGUUUCAAACGUACGCGGGACACUAUUUCUACCCAGUCCACUGAGGCUGGUCUGCCCAUCGUAGCCCCGGCAACAGAGGGUCGCAUAGUAACGGUGUAG